AUGGUACCUAAGAAUAAGGAUAAAUCAUCCAGUCCACCAAGUGAUGGAUCGAAUGAAGAUGAUGAAGAAUCACAACAAGAUUUGAAUCAGAUCCUGAUUGAAACCCAACGCAAGAUCAACGAAGAACAUCGAAGAUUGGCUCAAAUAGCCCUUGAUGAUGCCAAAGCCAAUGUGGCGGAUAUAAGAGGAAGAAGUUUACAUGAGAUGGAAAAUUCACAUAAAGAGGAAUUAAACCAUAUUUAUCAAACACUUCUUACAUCACUAAACGAAGAAAACAAAUCAUUGAUUGACUUGAUGAAGAAAUACGAUCAAUACGAUUUAGAUAUCCAGAAUGCGGUUGAGGAGUUAUUUAAAGGAUGGCAAAAACAGAAUGAAGAAAGUAACGUCAUUGGGAACGAAAGUGAGAAAAUCAUUGAUGAAGCUAUGAAAGAUGAGAUGGAAGCUAUCGAAGAGUUCAAAAUUGCCAUGGGAAUGAAAGAGAAAAACAUGAGUAGAAAAAGUGAUGAGGCAAUGAAUGAAUAA